AAUAAAAUUUAAUCUCAGCCGUCGAGAUCACACGUACGGUCAAGAUCACCCAAGGUACGCCAUACCCCGGAAUUUACCCGGGGUACGAUAGAAGUCACCAUAUAAGUAAAUGUAUAUAUAGAAUAUGGUAAGAAGUCUUUGGUGUGGGUGGGGAAGUAAGGAAAGAAGACUAGACCUAGCCGGCAGAUGAUAGCAGUAUUGUGAUGUGCGAUGGUGAUCGGGUUUGCGGGUGACCCGCGGAUCCACCCGCGAACUACCCACCUCCUGCGGAUCACCAUCUAUCCUAUCCGCCACCCGCCCACUAAGCCGCCCACAUAAUGCGGAUUGGGUCAUUUUGCGGGCGAGUCGGGUCAGAUCCGUGAGUCAACAACCGGCAUGCCCAGCUCUAAUGUUAAAUGCCAUGAAUUUUUUUUUUUUUACAAAAGAUAAUCAUAUAUUGAUUCAACAGAAGAGAUAGUUACAUCCUGGAAUUCAGCCAGGUCUGAUAGUUAAAAACUCGACUCAUGAUCGGGUACAAAGAGAGGAUUUUCCUAGCCAUCAGAUGGACUACCCUAUUACUACGCCGACCUACGAAUCGAACCCUCAAACCCGGAGUUAAAUGCCACGAAUUAAGCGGGAUAAAUAUGGAUGAUCUGGUCUGUUUUUUUCCCCUAUGUGCUUGAACGACCAUACAGGUGUAGGAAUCAACGUGUGGUUCAUAGCGAAAUUCCAAUCAUGGUGAUGGUGGUGCAUAAUUAAUACGUCAUGGUUUGAUCGACUUUUAUAUUGGGUCAACAUGAAAUUGGUGUCCAAGGUUGACCAUGGGCUGGACUUCUUUUGGUGGUUCAAUCUAAGUAUGGGCUACCCUUUGUUCCGAUGAAUGGAGUGAGCUAGGAAACAUGGGUAGGUGUGGGCUUGCUCAAAAGCCCAAGAGGAGGGAUUUAAGCACUGGUCAAGCUGAAGAGCCUCUAAGUCAGAGGCAUGAGUUGAUGAGGAUUACAAAAAGGUAUCAGUUCGAUUGAGAUGUACCAUUGACACCCUUCUCCAAGUCCCUCACCUUUCAGGUAUUUUCAACACGAUUCCUUAAUUUUAUGCCUCAUGAUAGUAUUACCAUUUACCAACGAGGGAGUGAUCAUAGACUUAAAUGCGUCGUGUUUGAUUCAAUACAUGAUAGAUCGUGUGUUUGGUGUUCAAUGUAUUAUAGUCACAUGUGCAUCUUGUGAUGUUCCAUCUUUUGAGGCAUCUGAGCCAAUUGAACUUAAUUAAGCUCGAUUUUACCUCGUCUAGUGCUGUUUGUUAGCUAUUCCCUAGGCAUGUAGGUUGCCACCUCAAAGUUGUGUGCCCAUCGUGGAAAAAAUGCAACAUGAUAUUACAGUUCUUAUGUCUUGUCAUUUUAUACAUUUUCCCUACGCAUAGUGAUUGCUGAUAGGGAAGGAAGAGGAGAAGGAACUUUACAAGUUAAAAGAGGUCUUCGACAUCUUAGAAAAAUGUAUCGAUACAUUUUAAAAAUUCGUCAGGAUGGACGCGAUUAAGAAGAAAUCUUGGUGGAGACUAAAAAGCUCUUUUGUUUCAACUAGUUGUUUAGAAGAUCUAAGAGAUAUGAGAUUGUUAUAUGAUCUCACAAGAGAAUUUCGAAGCAACGAUGCUGGCUCAGGAAAAUGGAGAGCCAUGUGGAAGAAGAGAUUUCCGAAAGGCUUCACUUUCACCGUCCAUAGACCUCUUUGCACGUUUUCAUUCACAAAUCACAAAUAUGUAGUGUAAUCACACAACUACCACGUUUCAAUACGUAGAAAAUGACUGCGGAAACAAAAUUUCAAUUGAAUUUCCAAUUUCCAGAUGGCAGAGACCAGAUAGGCUUUUUCCAACAAGUUAAAAGAAGUUUGGGCCACCAUGGAUAUUGGGCCCAGUAAUUUCAAUGCUUCCGCACCGCAAAAAUUAUUAUGUAAAUCCGCAAAAUAAAAGAAAUUGAAAACAGAAAAUCCAAUUAGCUGCCACGCUCUCUUUCUUCACUCUUUCAGUUCACUUUCUGCUCACAAAUUACGGCUUCUCCCUGUUUCUCCGCGAACUUGAACCGCAAAUCCAUUUUCUUCCUCUCACUACUGACCUACUCCAUGGCUUCUUCCCAAGCUUGCUGUGGGCCCCUCUCUUGUACCCUCCUUCUUAUAUCAUGAUGAUCCUACCCCAAUCAUUGUCGUCAUAAAAUUUCUCUGCUUCUUCUUCAAUCAAAAUCCCAACUCUGCUGUGUUUUUUGCUUCCAAAUUUCAGUCUUUGCAUUAAGGGGAUUGGUUAUCUUGGUGGGUUUUUUUUUUCAAUGGCGUCCGGGUCAUUCUCGCCUCGCAUUGAAGUCAGGGCAGAUAGCUCUGUUCUUUUCAACUCCAGCAACAACCAGAGCGGCCGCACCAUGUUUCACUUCCUCUGCUGUAGGCCGAAUAGGAAAUCGCCCAUCGGCCUUGGAAUUUAUGGUGAUGGGUUGUCGCCUAGGUUUGGGAGGAUCAGAGCUACCGGGAAAGAGAGUGACAAGAAUGGUGAUCAGUCUCAUGUGGAUGCGCUUCAGGCCACGAUUGAGAAGAGCAAGAAGGUUCUCGCUGCGCAGAGGAACUUACUUCGGCAGAUAGAUGAAAGAAGGAAAAUGGUGUCUUCUUUUAAAGAAAGCUUUAUGAACCCAGAAUCUGCGGGUGAAUCUUUUUAUAAGCAAGAUGAGGAUCGUUUGACAAAUGUGGAACCUGCUUCAGCAGAUGCUGGGGGGUUUACUGAGCCACAUACUGUUUCGAGCAGCUAUGAGCUAUCCACUGGGGAUGGUGAACCCGAAACGGGAAAGUCUUAUAUGAGCGAGAGUUAUCAUGGAAGAUGGAAUGGAAGUGAAGAACUACUGCCAAGGUCAGUGCAGAUGGAUGAGCAAACACCAGUUUUUGCACAUACACCCCAAGCCUCCACUAUUGACAGUGUGAAGCUUGAAGCUGUCAAUGAAUCAACUUUACAAGAGAUCAAUCACGUUGAGGGCAAUUCCAGUGUGAAUGAUAUAAUAGCUCAGUUAGAGGAGCCCAUAUCAGUCCUAUCAAAUGCACCCACAGUGGAGCCUGUAGAUGUAAAUGAAUCCAGUUCACAAGUUUCCAAUGAUGUUGAAGGUGUUUCAAAUGCUUUGGAUUCAAAGCCGCCCCCUUUGGCUGGGGCUAAUGUCAUGAACAUCAUUUUGGUUUCUGCAGAAUGUGCUCCGUGGUCUAAAACAGGUGGACUUGGGGAUGUUGCUGGUUCAUUGCCAAAGGCUUUGGCCCGACGUGGACAUAGGGUUAUGGUUGUUGCACCUCGAUAUGGUGAAUAUGCUGAGGCCCAACACUCUGGAGUCAGAAAGAUUUAUAAGGCGGAUGGUCAGGAUAUAGAGGUCACCUACUUCCAAGCCUAUAUUGACGGUGUGGACUUUGUCUUCAUAGAUUGCCCAUGGUUUCGCCACUUUGGGACCAAUAUAUAUGGAGGAAACCGGAUGGAUAUUCUGAAGCGCAUGGUGUUAUUUUGCAAAGCAGCUGUCGAGGUUCCUUGGUAUGUUCCCUGCGGUGGUGUAUGCUAUGGAGAUGGAAACUUGGCAUUCAUUGCAAAUGAUUGGCAUACAGCUCUGCUUCCAGUUUAUCUGAAAGCAUACUACCGCGACAACGGUUUAAUGCAAUUCACACGAUCUGUCCUCGUGAUUCACAACAUAGCUCACCAAGGUCGAGGCCCAGUGGAGGAUUUCCGGUAUGUGGACCUGCCGGGACACUACAUCGAUCUCUUCAAAUUCUACGACCCAGUGGGCGGUGAGCACUUCAACAUCUUCGCCGCUGGUCUAAAGGCGGCAGACCGAGUGGUAACAGUUAGCCACGGAUACUCCUGGGAGUUGAAAACACCAGAGGGAGGGUGGGGCCUACACAUCAUCAUAAACGAAAACGACUGGAAGCUGAGAGGAAUAGUAAACGGCGUCGACACUCAAGAGUGGGACCCACGUCACGAUCUCCACCUGAAAUCCGAUGGCUACAUGAACUAUUCGCUCGAAACAUUUUGCUCCGGGAAGCCACAGUGCAAAGCAGCACUCCAAAGAGAACUUGGUUUACCCGAAAGGCCAGAAGUUCCACUGAUUGGUUUUAUCGGUAGGCUUGAUAACCAGAAGGGUGUCGAUCUUAUAGCUGAGGCAAUCCCGUGGAUGGUGGAACAGGAUGUGCAAUUGGUGAUGCUUGGCACAGGAAGGCAGGAUUUGGAGGAAAUGUUGAAGAACUUCGAGGGGCAAUACAGGGAUAAAGUUAGAGGUUGGGUUGGGUUUUGUGUGAAGACCGCUCAUAGGAUAACUGCCGGUGCAGAUAUCUUGCUGAUGCCAUCCAGGUUCGAGCCAUGUGGGUUGAACCAGCUGUACGCGAUGAUGUAUGGGACGAUUCCUGUGGUUCAUGCAGUUGGCGGGUUGAGAGAUACAGUUCAACCAUUCAAUCCAUUUAACGAGUCUGGGUUUGGGUGGACAUUUGACGCUGCUGAAGCGAGUAAGUUGAUACAUGCGUUGGGGAAUUGCUUGUGGACUUAUAGAGAGUUCAAGGAGAGUUGGGAAGGGUUGCAGAGGCGUGGAAUGGAGCAAGAUUUGAGCUGGGAUCAUGCUGCGGAGUUGUACGAGGAGGUCCUAGUUGCUGCUAAGUAUCAAUGGUGAUCAUUUGGGUAAAGAAAAUAAGAGUAGGAGGAAGAGGCAAGGUGUUAACCUAGUUAGAAGCAUGUAAGUCGGUAUCGAGUUGCCGAAGCAAGACUUGAUUAGGCAAAAUUUAAUGGCUAAUCUCUGUUGAUUCUGCUAUCAUCUGAUCAAUAAUGCCACACUUAUAUGCAAUUCCUGAUCACGAGUAACAUGGAUCUCAAUUGUCAAGCCAUUGUAAGAAUUUGUUUGCAAAACAACUCUUCACAGUUUGGUUUGCUUCCUUUCUCUUAAUGGGAUGUAAAUGUCACGUGGUUAAUGAACUUUAAGAUGUAGA